CUUGGCGGCGGCUUUCCGGGAACCCUGUCUCCUGAGCCGCGGGUUCCGGAGGGGUCGCUCGGCAGUCUGGGCUCUGCCGUCCACUGCCCCGGGCUCGCGCGCUCUCCGCGGACGGGGGCGCGCCGCGCGCUCUUGCGCUCCCAGCGCCGCCCACCACCCUCCCUCAGUCCGACGGCGGCGGCCGCCCGAGGCCCCUCCUUCUCGCCCUCCUUCUCUCCCUCGCUCGGAGCCGAGCGGAGCGGAGCCGGCGGCCGCGGCUGGCCCCCACCCUCCCGGACCAUGGCCGGCAACGUGAAGAAGAGCUCGGGCGCCGGCGGCGGCGGCUCCGGGGGCUCGGGCUCGGGAGGCCUGAUCGGGCUCAUGAAGGACGCGUUCCAGCCGCACCACCAUCACCACCACCACCACCUCAGCCCCCACCCGCCGGGGACCGUGGACAAGAAGAUGGUGGAGAAGUGCUGGAAGCUCAUGGACAAGGUGGUGCGAUUGUGUCAGAACCCAAAGCUGGCGCUAAAGAAUAGCCCACCUUAUAUCUUAGACCUGCUGCCAGACACCUACCAGCAUCUCCGCACUAUCUUGUCAAGAUAUGAGGGGAAGAUGGAGACUCUUGGAGAAAAUGAGUAUUUUAGGGUAUUCAUGGAGAAUUUGAUGAAGAAAACUAAACAGACCAUAAGCCUCUUCAAGGAGGGGAAAGAAAGAAUGUAUGAAGAGAAUUCUCAGCCUAGGCGUAACCUCACCAAACUGUCCCUGAUCUUCAGCCACAUGCUGGCAGAACUCAAAGGAAUCUUCCCGAGUGGACUCUUUCAAGGAGACACAUUUCGGAUUACUAAAGCAGAUGCGGCAGAAUUUUGGAGGAGAGCUUUUGGGGAAAUGACAAUAGUCCCUUGGAAGAGCUUUCGACAGGCCCUCCAUGAAGUACAUCCCAUCAGUUCUGGACUGGAGGCCAUGGCUCUGAAAUCCACAAUUGAUCUGACCUGCAAUGAUUAUAUUUCAGUUUUUGAAUUUGAUAUCUUUACACGGCUCUUUCAGCCCUGGUCCUCUUUGCUCAGGAAUUGGAACAGUCUUGCUGUAACUCAUCCUGGCUACAUGGCUUUUCUGACAUAUGAUGAAGUAAAAGCUCGGCUCCAGAAAUUCAUUCACAAACCUGGCAGUUACAUUUUCCGGCUGAGCUGUACUCGUCUGGGUCAGUGGGCUAUUGGGUAUGUCACUGCUGAUGGGAACAUUCUUCAGACAAUCCCUCACAAUAAACCUCUCUUCCAAGCACUGAUUGACGGCUUCAGGGAAGGCUUCUAUUUGUUUCCCGAUGGACGGAAUCAGAAUCCAGACCUAACAGGCUUGUGUGAACCGACCCCUCAAGACCACAUUAAAGUGACCCAGGAACAAUAUGAAUUAUACUGUGAGAUGGGUUCCACAUUCCAACUGUGUAAAAUAUGUGCUGAAAAUGAUAAGGAUGUCAAGAUUGAGCCCUGUGGACACCUCAUGUGCACAUCCUGUCUCACGUCAUGGCAGGAAUCAGAAGGCCAAGGCUGUCCUUUCUGCCGAUGUGAAAUUAAAGGUACUGAGCCCAUUGUGGUGGAUCCAUUUGACCCUAGAGGAAGUGGCAGCCUGUUGAGACAGGGAGCAGAGGGAGCUCCCUCUCCAAAUUAUGAGGAUGAUGAUGAUGAACGAGCUGAUGAUUCUCUCUUCAUGAUGAAGGAAUUAGCUGGUGCCAAGGUGGAACGGCCUCCUUCCCCAUUUUCAGUGGCCCCACAAGCUUCCCUUCCCCCAGUGCCACCACGACUUGACCUUCUGCAACAACGAAUCUCUAUUCCUUCAAGUACUUCUGGCCUUGGAACUGCUUCUAAGGCUACUUCUGGCUCCCUUCAUAAGGACAAGCCUUUGCCAAUACCUCCUACACUUCGAGAUCUUCCUCCACCACCCCCUCCGGAUCGACCAUAUUCUGGUGCAGCAGAAACCCGGCCUCAGAGACGCCCUUUGCCUUGCACACCAGGCGACUGUUCAUCCAGAGACAAACUGCCAUCUGUCCCCUCCAGCCGCCUUGGGGAAUCAUGGCUGCCUCGACCAGUUCCUAAAUUGCCAGUUGUUGCCCCAAACCCUAGUGACCUCUGGACAGGAAGAGAAUUAACCAAUCGGCAUUCACUUCCAUUUUCACUGCCCUCACAAAUGGAACCCAGAACAGAUGUGCCUAGACUUGGAAAUGCAUUCAGUCUGGAUACCUCCAUAAAUACAAAUAGCAGCCCACUAGCAGGUCCAGAGUGUGAUCACCCCAAAAUCAAACCUUCUGCUUCUGCCAAUGCCAUUUAUUCUCUGGCCGCCAGACCUCUUCCUGUGCCAAAGCUACCAUCUGGGGAGCAGUGUGAAAGUGAGGAGGACACAGAGUAUAUGACUCCCUCUUCUAGGCCUGUUGGGCUUCAAAACCCUGAGUUAAAACGUCCUUUGGAGACAACCCAGAGUUCAAGAGUAUGUGAUUGUGACCAGAAGAUUGAUAGCUGUACAUAUGAAGCGAUGUAUAAUAUUCAGUCCCAGGCAGUGCCACCUGCCACAGAGAGCAGCACCUUUGGUGAAGGGAAUUUGGCUGCAGCCCAUACCAACACAGGCCCUGAAGAAUCAGAAAAUGAGGAAGAUGGGUAUGAUGUCCCUAAGCCACCGGUGCCGGCAGUGCUGGCCCGUCGGACUCUCUCUGACAUCUCCAAUGCCAGUUCCUCCUUCGGCUGGUUAUCUCUGGAUGGUGAUUCCACAAACUUCUCUGAGGGCUCCCAAGUUCCUGAGAGGCCACCCAAACCAUUUCCUCGGAGAAUCAACUCUGAAAGAAAAGCAGGUAGCUGUCAACAAGGUACUGCUGCCACCGCCGCCACCCCCUCACCACAGCUUUCCAGUGAGAUCGAGAACCUCAUGAGUCAGGGCUAUUCCUACCAGGACAUUCAGAAAGCUUUGGUCAUUGCCCACAACAACAUUGAAAUGGCCAAAAAUAUCCUCCGGGAGUUUGUCUCCAUCUCUUCUCCUGCCCACGUAGCCACCUAGCAAAUCACCUCCCUGCUGCAGUGUUAGAGGACCAUUGAGCUGAGAGCUCUUACUCAAGUAGCACCUAAAAGGGCAGAGGUUCCUUUGGAAACUUCACAAUGAAGUCUUGCCUCUCUGUGGGAUAUCACAUCUGUGGCUCCAAGACUUCAAAGUAGUGGAGUGGAAAGGAGCAGCUAGCGUGUUAUGUUACUUGUUUUGCAAGUGCAUUGGAAGGUGUGCUACAGUUCCCACUUAAGAGAGAAUGUGGAUUUUUACUAAGCAGUAGUCUACGUGGGGAACCGUCCAGAAAGCAGGAGGAGAAAUAAUGUGCUGUAAAUCCUAACUGAAUAACUUAAAAGACUUUCUUGGGUUAAGGAAGUGUUUGUGGGUAUGUGUGUGUAUGGCUGUGUACUCAUGCUCAUGUGUGUCUUGUGAUUGUGUGUGUCCUGUGAUGAGAUUAACCUGCUGUCUGUGUUAAUCCCAGGCAGGGAAUUAGCACAAGAGGUUUCGGAAGGAAUCUUUUAAAGACUUCCAUCUACUGUGGUAUUAUACCUGACCCUAGCGUGUAUUACAACUUUUGACACUCCUCUUUGGCUUGAAUUAUCACGUGCAUAGCUAAAGUCUUGUAUUUUUAGAACAUGCCCCCCCCUUCCUGCCCCCAUUCCUAUCCCCAUCCCCAUCCCUUUCCCUCUUUCCUACUUUGGUGUCUGUCAUUGGCAGUGGGCUUGCUGUGACCAGCCUUACUGAAGCCAUAUGAGUUAUAGGAUGUUCUUUAUUCAGUGUGAUGAUGUUGGUUUGUUUGGUAGAUAGAUAGGUGGUGGGGUGGGGAGUAUGGUUGUUAUGUCAUUAUAGUCAUGUUUGAUACUAGCAGCUAACACUGGUCACUCCAAAGCACUGUUUCUAUGGGAACAUUGAAUCUGUUAGAGUAAGAUGUAUUAAUUAUCCUAAUUACAUGAUUGAUAUGAGAUAGAGGCCUUCAGAUACAUUCCAUGCCCUCCCCAGAAAAUAGUCUGUGGGAGUCAGUUGCCUUGGUACUAGGUAUGUUCAUAUAUAGGUCAUGAGUUUUUCUACUUAAUGGGAAGAGAAGAACAUUUGUUUCCAGCAUGGCUUUCUGGUCCAACUACCAUGAAGCUUUUAAGAAGCUUCAUUCACAGGCUCUUUACCUUGUUAUACAUAAAGUGCACAAAUAGAAUGUAAGGCUUCAUCUGCUCUGUUUUCCUUCCUGGUGAAUUAAUUUCAGCUCCUAUGGAUGUUUCCUUUGAACAUGAGCCAAGUUCUGUUUCAGAACUGGUUUUUUUUCAUUUUCCUUUUGAGGGGAGGUGUCACCCAUGGUGGCCUAGCUUUCUGCUGAUAAUUGGCAUCUUUCAUACAUUCGUGCCAACCAGUGGCUGGUUAUCUCUUGUGCCUAUGGCUUUGGGAAUGUAGCUUCUUCUUCCCUUUCCUCUUCACCUUAGGCCCUGUGUACUCUUUUUUUUUAUUUAUUUAUUUCCUCCUAGGUUAUCGCUGGAGCUCGGUGCUGGCACUACGAAUUCACAGUUCCUGGAGGCCCCUUUUUAAACAUUUGAUAUGACAAAGAGGAAUUGAGAGAGGACAGGGAGAUACAGGAGAGAUAAAGAUACCUACAUACCUGCUUCACUGUUUGUGAAGUGUUCCCCCUGCAGGAGGGCUCGAACCUGAUUUCUUGAGCAUAGUUCUUUUUUUUUUCUUUCUUUUUUUUUUUUAAAUUGGGGAAAUAAUGUUUUACAUUCAACAGUAAGUACAAUAGUUUGUACAUGCAACAUUUUUCAGUUUCCCAUAUAACAAUACAACCUCCACUAGGUCCUCUGAAUCCUUCUUGGACCUGUAUUCUCCCCACCCACCCACCCCAGAGUCUUUUACUUUGGUGCAAUACGUCAAUUCCAUUUCAGGUUCCACUUCUGUUUUCUUUUCUGAUCUUGUUUUUCAACUUCUGCCUGAGAGUGAGAUCAUCCCAUAUUCAUCCUUCUGUUUCUGACUUAUAUCACUCAACAUGAUUUUUUCAAAGUCCAUCCA